AGUCAUACACACAUACUCAGACAGGUUUCAGAUAACACAGGAAACACAUAGGUCCACACACAAUACAAUCUACCUGUGCGUACAUAUUGGAAUACUGACAUAGUUAAGACUGAAGCGGUGCCAACAUCUGAAUAAGACUGCUGGUUAAGUGCAGAACACAUUAAGGUGUUUUCACUUGCCUCUUGUUGCCUGAUUGCACCUGGCUCACUGCCAGUAACCUCUCUGUGCCUGACUACACCAAGAGAUAGAUGACCUAAAUUCCCCUACUUGUGUUCAGUUGAUUUGUGGUGCGGGCAAUAGCAAUAGAGAAAGUCAGAUCAGGUGAAGGUAAGAGUUGAGAACGGGCAGAAAGAGGAGGGUUUAAAAACAGAUAGAAAACCAGAUUUCUACUUCUUUCAACUUCACCCUCCUUACCCUCCUGCUCUUCCACCACCAUGACUGCCAGACAGACAGUCAUGCUCCUGGUGGCAGUGGUCCUCUCCUUUCCAGGUCUUGCUCACGGCUUCAAACCACUCUUCUCACUUUAUGGGAAUUCCAUCACUCACCGUCACAUCACGAACAGGGCGGUCCUCCGAAAGACAGCUGAGGUCUGCAGAGACUUUGCUGCCUCUGAGGGACAGAACUUCAGCCUGGUUAUUGAUAACAGUCUGUCAGCUGACAAAGUGCAAAGGGCGUGUUCCUCUGUAGGCACUUCCACUUCUCUCCUGUCAACUGUCAUCUUCCAAACUUCCAUUGCCCAAAUGUACUUUGGCAACGCAAAGGUGGACGUAGCGUUUAUGCUGAGUGACAGGCACCAUUUUGAUGAUGAAGCCUUCCAGGCAGGACGGGAUCUCAUUACAGAAGGUGUGUCUUAUGUGAAAGCCAGUGUGAAGCUGAAGAAUUUUGUCGCAGGGAGGUGGACUCUUGGACGAGUCUUUCACCCCCUACAGGACUUCUACAGCCACAGCAACUGGGUGGAGCUGGGGAACACUGUCCCUUACAGCACUCUGAUCAGACCUGACCAACCUUUUGAGAACCUGGCAGGCCCAAGUACUCCAACCUGUAGAAGUUGUAUAGGAGGGAAUUGUACUAACAACCUUCUGCCAGACCUGCUGCAGCAGGGGCUUCUCACUACAGGCUACUUCAGUCUCUUCUCCAGAUCAAAACCUGCAGGUAAAUGCAGCCAUGGAGGUUCAUUUGACCAGACAAGCAAACAGGAGCCAGUGGGCGGCAUCAAUAAGGAUGACGUUACAUCCAAUCAUGGUUCGCUUCACCACAAAGCAGCUGAUUUGGCUGUGGAUGCCACUAUGGAGCUACUGGAGGACAUCAGAGUAGCUGUUGGAGACAAGAACUUCCUGCGAUUGAUGGGCCUCUCCCAGUCCACUGUGCUGUGUUUUGUCAUUGACACCACAGGCAGUAUGACCGAUGACAUAGCUGAAGCUAAGAGAGUUUCUUUUGACAUCAUUGACAGCAAGAGGGGAACCCUGCAGGAGCCCUUUACCUACAUAUUGGUACCUUUCAAUGACCCAGGUUUUGGACCUCUGAUGAAGACAACCAAUGCAGACAUCUUCAAAGACAGCAUCAACAAGCUGACUGCUAGUGGAGGAGGAGACAUCCCAGAAUUGUGCUUGUCUGGACUGCAGCUUGCCUUGACUGCGGCUCCACCCUCCUCUGAGAUCUUUGUCUUCACUGAUGCUCCAGCUAAAGAUGCUCAUUUAAAAAGCACCAUCACUGCCCUUAUAGAGAGCACCAAGUCUGUGGUCACUUUCAUGUUGACGGAUGUCCUCCCCAGUCGAAGGCGCCGCAGAGACAUUGGGGGUGCGCCUUCACGCUCAAUGAGCCAAUCAGAUGCCCAACUGUACCGUGACCUAGCCCAAGCCUCUGGAGGUCAGGCCAUUGAGGUCACCAAGUCAGACCUCUCUCUGGCUACAAGUGUUAUAGAGGAUUCAUCAGCCAGCGCUGUGGUGACAGUUUUUCAGGUAGGGAGGAAUCCUGGAAAGCCUGAUAGUUUUACCUUUACUGUUGAUGACUCGCUUAGGGACAUGACCGCCUACAUCACAGGAGCCUCGUCUCUCACCUUCAAUCUCACCAACUCCUCAGGUGUAUCUCAGAGUUCCAGUCAGUCUAGUGGUCCUCUGGCAUCUUUCACCACGGCAGGAAACCUACGCCGUUUACGCCUCAACACUGACAAUCAAACAGGACUGUGGGAAAUCAGUGUUAACUCUAAUAACCCCUACUCUGUUAAGGUCAUAGGUCAAAGUUCAGUGAACUUCAUUUAUAACCUUGUGGAAGCACAUGUGGGAGCCCAUGGGGACUUCAGUCUGAAGGAGGGACGCCCUCUUUCAGGGGGGAAUUCUAGCCUCAUGGUGUCUGUGACAGGAAGUGACACAGUAAAGGUCACAGAAGUGACUCUGUUUGACAGCUCAGGGCCAACAGAGGUCAACGGAUCAUUGCAGGAGUUAGGAGGUGGUAACUUCCUGGUACGUUUCAGUAAUGUACCAGCAGGUGAGUUUGUUGUUCGCCUGAGAGGACAGGACAACAGCUCCACCUCCAGGUCAACAACAAGCAGCUUCCAGAGGCAGGCCUCCACACAGAUCAAGACCUCCAGCAUCUCUAUUACUGCCCAAGCCAACAACACCAACAUAGAACCAGGCUCCACCAUCUCCAUCCCUUUCACAGUUGCUACAAUGACCAAUGGAGUUGUUAAUGACACCGCAACUGGGACGUUGACCGUGCGAGCAAACAAUGACCGCAGCUAUGCUUCCACUUCACCCAGCACUGUCACUGUAGCAGCAGGCAGUGGAGGUAAAGCCAACGGUACUGUAACCUUAACAGUACCAGCCAGUGCUGCAUCAGGAACAGAUGUGACCCUUACUAUUGAAGCAGAAAAUGCAGCUGCCACCGACAUCAACUACGCUGUCCUCAGGUUUUCUGUUGCUGCCAAGGUGACAGAUAUUAACCGCCCAGGGUGCCAGGUUGUCAAUACAUCAGCCAGCUGUCCAUUCUCUUCAUCGCUCUGUGCUUCCUUCCACUGGGAAUUCAUCGCUAACCUCACCGAUGGCAUCAAUGGGACCGGCAUUGAAAGAAUCACCAUCCGAAAAGGGAAUGGUACCUUCAACACCAGCACAGCGGUUGGAGCAGGGGGCGAGAAUGUUACAGUGGCUACCUACAGCGCCUCCUGCUGUUCACAGGAUGUAGAGCUGGCUGCUGUGGACAAAGUAGGAAAUGUGGGCACAUGUGUGGGACAGGCGAGAGCAGUUACCACGGCUGCACUUGCGACUAAAGCAUCUGCAGUUAACACAACAUCCACUGGAGGGCACUCUUUGAGCAUAUCACGUUUUCUCUGCAUCAGUGUUGUGGUUUCUCUCCUUUGGAAGUGAAAGGGAUGAAUGUAAUGUAGAAUACACUGAUAACAUGAAAUUGUAGCACAUUAUUAUUGGUUUCAUCUGGUGUGUUUAAAUUUUAUUACCAUUGCUGGAGGGAAAUAAAACAUUUCCUACAUCUCGCUCA